AUGGGUCGACGAGAGACCUUCUGGGGCAUUCCCCUUCCCAACCAUCAACAGUGGAAGGAGAACUUCAUCACGGUGAAGAACACCAAAGGAUUCAAGAACAAGUUGCACGUUUCGCAUGAAAUGGUCAAGCUCGAUCCAGACGGAUCUAUAUUCGCAAAUGGCACUUCUUGGGCAAACAAAGUACCCCCCGAGCAACGCAAAUGGAGAGCCUGGGAUUUCAUGACCUACUGGGCAUCAGACCAAUUCACUAUCCCCACUUGGGAGUUUGGCUCCAGCAUGGUGGCUCAGGGGUUCACUCUGCCAACGCUUCAAGUAUACGGCGAGACAUAUUGGAGCCCAGCUGAGAUUCUGGCACAAUGGGAUAAUCGCGCAGCUGUGUUCUUUGCAGCACUCGAUUGGAUCAUAGCGACGAUUGGAGUCAAUCUUUCUGCCAACACCGUUACUAUUGCGAUUGCGCUAUCAUCCUUCUCCCCAAAAUAUAUCAACAACGUCCGGGGUUGUUGGCUGGUUGCUCUUCUAUCCAUAAUCAUCGUUCCAUGGAAGAUCGUCAACAAUGGUGGCUCUUUCAUCAACUUCUUGAGUGCAUAUCCAUCUCUCCUGGGCCCUAUCAGCGGCAUCAUCAUGUCCGAUUACUGGCUCGUCCGUCAGCGUAAAGUGGAUGUCCGUCAUCUUUAUAUUGGCAAGGGCGGGAAAUAUUUCUACUGGCACGGGGUGAAUUGGAGAGCCAUCGCUGCAUACAUUGCCGCGUAUGCACCGAACCUGCCAGGUUUUAUCCAUCAAAUCAACCCAAAUGUUCCAGACGUUCAACCAUACACCUACGAUUUAAGCUGGGUAUUUGCCGUCAUCAUCUCAGCCUCUGUGUUCUGGGGUCUGAACUUCGUCUUCCCACCAAGCUACAGCUUGUCCGGUCCUGCCGUUCAUCCAGACGACGUUGUUGACUGGGUCGCUCGCAAUCGCAUUGGUGACUUGGAUGAGGAUUCAGUUGAUGGAACAGUGGUUGACACUCCUGAGAAAGUUGCAGAGUUCCCACCAAAGCACCAGAUUGCUGUCUCGUUGCCGGAGCAGGAGAAGCAGGUAUAG